AUGAGACAGUACAACUUCAUACUGGACGCCUCUGCGUUUGACAGGGGGCUUGGGAACGUGCAAAGGUGGUGCAAGACAUUGGGUGCUAAGUCUCAGCCUGACCGCUCCACCAAGAGCAAGCGCAACCAGAGGGGGAAGAGCAAGGGCGAAGCAGCAGCAGUGGCGAUGGGGAAAGGUCGCCAGGAGGUGCAGUUGAACCUGUACAUUCCAAUGUACACGCUGGCGGAGCUAGACUACUUGAAGUUCAAGCAGAAGUCCUUCAACGCGAGGGAGUCUCUCAAGUUCAUCGACGAGUUGGUUGGUGGCCUUGGUGAGGGCGAGACCACUGAGCAGGGGUUACACGUGGAGCUGGAGUACGAGGAGGUGCUGGACUUGAUCCCAUGGGAGGAGGUGAACAUUCAUGGGAUCGAGUCUUUGAACAAGUUGCCGCGCAGGCUGAAGAACUUGCUUAAGAGCUGCGUUUACAAGUACCGACUGGAGGGGUCCCAUGGGCUCUCGUGGAUAUUCGUUGUAGAGGACCCGCAGGUCAAAGAGUACGCGAUUAUGUGCGAUAUCCCCUGCGCAACUGUCGUCCAAGUGGACGCCACUUUGUCGCAGGAUCUUCAGGACAAGUCCUUCCAAGCGAACGAAAGGUUCAACAAGAUACUACUGAAGAACGCCGUACAGCCAGUGGAUACAACUGAAGGCGGAAACGUAAGAUCCCCGUCAGAAACGGUCGUCAAGACUAGAUUCGAUAAGACAAUGUACGCUGCAAGAGGUUCCGGCAAACUAUGGACUCCCUGA